AUGUCCCAUGCAGUUAGUCGAGAUGCGUGCGCUGUCGAUACUAUUGCACUUUGGCGCGCCCGUAUAUGGGCCUUACGUCAUGGGCUUGUUGAAUUGCGGAUGGUGAAGCUAUGUAGCGCCUUGUCUGGGUACAAUGGAUAUCCUUCGAGAGUCACUAGUGGAAUGUGGAUCCACCAUGACGUCUUUGCUUCGCAAGACGUCAUACACGUGCAGAGGUGCGCCGGGAGUUGCGGUGGUCAGGACUAGCAGAAACGGGCGGGUUUGUCUCGUAGUGGUGCACAUGCAAAUGGUCGAUACUUAGUUUUGUAGAGAGUUAGUUGACGGUAAUGAUACAGUCACCUGGACCAGAACCCGUACACUGCCCC